AUGAAGAUCACGCUCCUAAAGGUAGAAGAGCCGGAGAAAAUGAGCUACACGCUUCAGGUUUUGUUUAUUAUCGCCCCUAUGGUUUUUGCAAUCGAGGAAAACGUCAAAUCUGCUUAUUCCAUAGUUAAAGAGAAUAAGCGUAUAACUAACCGGACAGUCAAAACAGUUGGUUCAUCUAGUUUGAUGUCCUGCAGCCAGGCGUGCUUAAGGCAGUCGUGGUGUACCUCUACUAAUUAUGACUUCCUUAAGAGGAGUAGUGAAGGAAACUGCGAGCAGAACAAACACAAGUUCUCGUCAAUAAACGAUGAUAUCAAGCUCACUGAUGAAUCAGGCACUACUUUCACAAUGUUUCUUAAGGUAAGAAAGCUCAUAAACGUUUGGAAAAGUUACCACCACUGCUGCACUGGAUAAAGUUGAAAAAUUGUUAUGGACAUAGAAGUUGUCAUAGCAACGAAAUGAUGCUAUUACUCUCUUACUUGCUGCCGUAUUUCUCGAUACUGAGAACUCUUCUUUCAAAAUCGUUCACAGGACCCUUUCCCUUCAAUAGCCGCCUCGAUGUUCGUGAACUUUAAGCGAAAAGUGAAAAAGCUUUAUUGAAAUAUUUUGGGAUGAAGUUUUUACGGUUAGAAAUACGCUAAAAACGGGACAAUCUUGACAAUCUUAUCUAUAAAAAAAGAAGGGCUUUGGAAAUGCAAUUUCACCUCAUAGUAGUUUCAAUCUUUUCAAAAACGAUGUGUCAAAGAUCAUGGAAAUAACUCUAGCCGAUUGUCAGAAAGAACGAUUUGAUUGGUAUGUAUCGAGGCGCUCUUGUUAGCGGUAUUGUAAACACUUUGGUCUACUUAAACAAAUUAGCGAAUAAUUUUAAACUACUGGAUAGAUUUUUUUAAAGAAAUUGGAGAUUCUCGAGAUUAACCGGCCAUCGUCUUAUAUGACCUUUGAGUUUCACGAUUAUUGGUAUAUUGUAGAGCAGUGAAAUAAGGUCUAAUAUAUAGAUUUAGCCAGGGCUAAAAGCGAAGCUUCCAUUAAUAAAUUUAUGAUGUAAAUGAAACAAUAAACUUGUAAUCCAUAAAUCAGUCAACUUAAGGGCACAUCUGUGACUUUUUAGGGAAAGCUAAGGCUAAGUGAUUUUAGAGGGAAAAAGAAUCUUACAUCGAAUUGAUAGGCGUAUAUAUACACCCCAAAAAUAGCAAUGAUCACAGUAGAUUAGGCCUGGAAAACGAAUUCUUGGAAAACAAAUCAGGCCGAAUUUUUGCGUUCGACAAGUUUACUCAACAAAAUCUUGUCAACAACUCCGGGUGAGUGUAAACCAACAUUUCAUACUUUUUAUACAUCACAUCUGAGGUGAAACAGUAAUAUGAGGCGCUGUUUUUAUCAUACAGACCUCGGACAAAAUGCUGCAUUUCACAAUUUUUCAAGACAAAUUGCACCCAUUCAAUAUUCAGAAGCACGCGUGGGAUUUUAGCAAAACCGUUUAAAAAAUUUCCAAAAUCAACUAUACGGCGAGCUGGUUCUCACUUUUGACAAGCGUCAAAUUUUCAGUGAACAUUAAGAGAGUUACGCUUCAACAUAAUAAAGAAUUUACUGUGUUUAUUUUUUUUUAUUUAAUGGUUUUAUAACGAUGUGUAAUCUUAAAAAGCGUUUGAUACGCGCGGCUUUUUGAGUACUCCUGCAAGCGAUGUUUAUGAACGACUGAAAACAAACGGAAAAGCGAUUAAAAUUGCAAGAGACUACUAACAAUCAAUAAAAGAAAUGUAAUUCGGUGAAACAUUUACAGAGACAACAAUUUUCAUUCACGAAGACAAGUAUUAAAGCGUCUCUAAAAAUCCUGAGUCUUUAAGCUUAAGCUUAAAGCUUUUAGCAGGCUUCCUGGUGUUUACCGUUUUCAAAGAUGAACUCGAGGCAAGAAAAUCGCUCAAAGCUUUCUUUCUACAGCCAAAAUUAUAACUAAAUACUCUUCGGAACGUUUUUUCUUUCUAUUUGCGGAGAGAAAAUAUCGACUAAGGGCUUUUUAAAGCUCUGUAAGCUUAUAUCAAACCUCAUACUAGAUCAGAUCAUUGUCUCAGAUCUUACAUGUAAUACAAACGUGCAUAAACUAGCCUCAUAACCUGCGCUCGACUACAUGAAAUAAGAUAUAAAAAAAAACCAAACACAUACAAUUUAUACAAUAAUUACUCAGGCCUACCAUUCAAGAUGCAGGCCCUGAAAACUAUCAGCUAUUGAAGGACUUUUCAACCCGCAUCCAGGAAGGUGAAAGACGAAAACGAUGUCAUCCGAAACCGGAUUUUCAACUUUGAAAUGCGGCGCAUUUCUCAACCAAAAAUUCAAUAAACAAACCAGCCAUGAAUAACAGAAGACAAAAUUCAAUAAACAAACCAGCCAUGAAUAACAGAAGACUGUUGAUAGCAGUUGUAUUUCAUUUUACGCAUCCAGUGGAAAAAGACAGUAAAAAACAUCACAAAUUGACAAAAAACUCUGUCAGCUUCAGCUGUCAAAGUAAACAAGUUUCAAGAUGCUGUAUGAAUUUUCUGCAUGAACUCACCUGUCAAAUUUUGACCAAUCAGAGCAUAAAAAUUGGACGGUCGUAGAGCGUGAUCAACGCGUGACUAUGGUGAGAAAAGUGAAAAGCCUCUGUCUUCCCUGCUUGUAUUUUUAAAUGACUGGCUGAAUUUUCGUGUCCGAGAUCAAUUUGAAAUCAAAAUGUUAAUAGCGCGGGGCCAUAGUGACACAACACUUUCUGUCAUCAUGUCAUUAUUUUGCUGCCGUUCUCUUUGCCUUUGUAUUUCUCUUUCGCGUUGCCUUUGUCUAUUCAUUCUAGCUCUGUCUCGUUCUGCUUGCCGGCGUUUUUCACUAUAAUUUUCUCUCCUUCUUCUCGCCCUGACUCUUUCUUCUUGCCGACGACUUUCUUCGCUAAAAUUUUGUCUUCUUCUUCUACAACGCACUCUCUUUGGCGAUCGCCUUCGCUUGCUCGACGCGUGUCGACUCUUGCUCUCUGUCGUUCACCUUCUCUUUGCUCUCUGCUUAAAACCUGUCGUCUCUACACGCUAAAAUCUCUCUGCUUUUGUUCGGUUGACAUAAUGGCUUUCGUAAGUUGUAAUAGAAAGUUAAAAAGGCUCUGUCGAAAAAUCUUUUUGCUAAGUUGCUUUGAAAUUUCGUUUUUCAAAACCAGUUGCGCGAUAUAAUUGCGCGACGUUCAACGCGCCAUGCGAUUUCCCGCCAAAAAAUCUCUACUUUCCCCUACCCCAAGAGUCCAUGCAGACUACUUUCCACUACCCGGAAAGUCCUUACGGACGGACGUACGCUGACUUCAUAACCAAAAUUUCUCGGAUGGAUAGUUUACCAAAUUAUCUUAGUUAUGGUGCUCCGCUCGCGCGCGCAAGGAGCUCCGCUACAAUUCGCGAAUUUUUGCCAGAAAUUAUAAAUAAAUAAUAAUAAAUAAAUUAAAAAUUUCUAUGGCGCUCUUUCCAGUUGUGAUCAAAAAAGCUGUACAAAAAUUUAUUUAAAAUUAAAUACAAUAUUGAAUAGAGAAAAAGUAAAAAAAUAAAGUUUAAAGUGAUUCGUUAAAAAGAAAGGUCUUGAUUGAUUUCUUAAAACUAUUUCGUGUUUACAAGUGAGAGCCUCUCAUCUCCAAGUUUCAUUUUCAUGUGAACAGCAGUAACUAACAAUGCAUUUGAAAUAUGCAGAAAUGUUAGAUAUUGUAGUCCACGAAAAUACGAAACUGUUGUUGAUCACAGAGAGAUACUGAGGAAAUUAAAGGGACGGGUUCACGUUUCAGCUCAUGCUCAUUUGUCAAAAUGCUGUUUUUCUACCGGGGCACGCUGUAUCGUCUAUGCAAGUAACAUGAUCAUGUCAUAAUGUCAAAGAACCAAUCUGCACACUCCCCUGGCAGUCACUUGCACUUGAUCAACUUAAAUAUUUGCAAAUAGCUGUAAAUUAAUCAACCAUGGAAUAAGCCCAGGUCAACAAUAAAUUCAACGUUGGUAGUGUUGGCAUUAUCCACUAAUUUUUUCUGCGAUUUUAGUACUCCUCCGUCCCACUUUAGGUUACUCUGAAAUACACUUCUACUUUGAAAUACACUCUAUUAUUAACACGGUAUUAUUAACCGACAUGAAUUAAUAAUAAAUAGGAAAAAAGUAAUUUAAUUAAUGAGCAUGCGCUUAACCGUGAACCUGUCCCUUUAAAUCGUGAAUAACAAGUAGAGCGAUUAUUACAAGAGAGAACUUAUUCCAGAGCUCAUGAAUUUACGGAAAUAUAUCACUUAAAACCAAUGCUUCUAGUAAAUUUGUGAAGUCAAUCAAGGAGAGUCUUCUUUCCCGUAUUUACUGGCGAUAAGAGAGCUUAUCAGGGUUAGAAAGCGGCGUUUAUGGCAGCGUUCGGCCACACCCGAAUAUGAAUUACGUAAAUGAUCGAUUAAGCGCUGCUACUCGAGUAAGCACCGCCCCUUUACCGAAAAUAAGUUAUGAAGCGCCGCGGUGCUAAUUUGGGUAUUUACAAAUUAACGCCCCACCUUUGUGAAGACGCUUGAUAUAAAGAGAUCAAAACCAUAUCGCUUGAGAGAUAAUACCUUGAGCAACUCGUGAGUUCUGAAGUUGUAAUGUAGGGAAACUCUCGAAACCGGGUUCAUAUAACAGUUCGAGAAGUACAUAUUUUCACUUUAUUCUCUCUAUAUUCCCCUCAGUUUUUUGCCCGUAGUUAAAAUAAGCGCUGCUCUCGAAUAAGCACCGCUCUUGUAUAUGAAAUGAAAUAAGCGCCGCGGCGCUUAAUCGAUCAUUUGCGGUAAUAAUAGUAUCAAUUAAAAAUUUAUAACGCACCUUUUCCAAGCAAAUAUGAUCAAAAGCGCGUAACAACUGAUGCUUUAAAUGCAGCACUGACACUGGCACUGACUCACAAACUGAGCCAUAUUCCAAUCCCUGAGAGAUCCCAGUAAUGAGUCAGGUAAGCCGUAUUUUUGACAAAAUCUGCUUGAAAUAGAUCCGUUAUGCUAAAUCUGAAAAUAUCGUGUUAGCUCGCAUACGCGUUGAUACAAACGGUCAUAACUUUUAAAAUACUGAAAACGUACAUGGGGUUUUGUAUAUUAUUAAUAACAGAUGGUCUAUCUUUGCGUCUUUUUAGUGUAGAGCUUUCAACUAUGUCCCAAACGUCAGAAAAAAGCUUUUAAAACAGGGUUAUUUUUGGCCUUUCGCUCCAAGGCAAUUAGUUAAGGUCAUAUUUUGCUUGAUUUCGUCUUUCCAGCUAAAUAAGCGGAUAACUGUUACUUUCAGGAAAAACUAGAGAUGUUUACCUAUAAAUAGGUAUAAAAUUCAUUGGUAGAUGGUGCAAAUCAAACAUUUUACAGCGCCGCAAAAAAUGCCAAAUUUUCAGUUUUCAAGACGUGCAAAAUAGCUGUGGCGGGACAAAAUACUCGGCGCCCCCCAGCACGGCCAGAAAAUUAUUGAGAAUCAAAGCAAACCUAUUUUAGUUAUAGUCUCGAUAAAGCCUUUCACUCGGCAGAGUUUCAGGCAAAAUUAUUUUUCACGCGAAAUUGAGUGGGCGGUUUUUACUGAGACAGCCUCUUAUAUACCUCUUAAUUCUGAAACGGUACUAAUACCCCGGCUUUCGGGCGGAGCCUGACUCUAUAUAGCCCAUUGUGGGGAGUAUUCCCCCCAGCUUGAGAUAGAAGGUUUUUUUUUCUGUUUCCGUGUGAAGAUCACUCAGUUUCCAUCUCUAGGUUGAACCCUUGAUCGGCAAUGGAAAACACAUUACAUUAAAACACAUUAAGUCACAUUAAAACACGUGCUACUUUCUAUUAGAAUGGCAUAUUUAAGCUGUGUAAACCAUCUGUGGGAUGUUGAAGUUUUAAAAGGAAUAAGAAAUUAACUGACAAUAAAUGAUUCAUAUAUGUAACUAUAAUUCCACGGGUGCGCGUUGGAUAUGAGAUGGUAGAUAGCCAACUCAACGCUACGCGCCUCGUUGGCUAUAAUCAUGUCAUAUCCAACAAGCACGAGUGGAAUAAUUGUUUUAUUAAAAACGCCCACAAAAUCCCGAUGAGUCUACCCGACUUUAUUUUGUUAGAACAAACCGGAAAAGACAAGGGACUUCCGCUUUUUACAUGUCACACGUCUAUCAAAACUGUCAACGCGCGAACGGACUGGAUGAAUGAACAAUCAAAACAUUAUGGAGAUGAACACUUUUAAAAACUCAUCGGGAUUCUAGGAUAUUACACAACAGGACAGCUAAAAAACUCGCAGAUGAUGAGAACAAAUAUAAUUUUUAAGUGCAGCCGUCGACAUUACUGUGAAUUUGGAUUUUUGGUGCAGUUACAAAGUAAGACCAAUGGAGGAAAACUAUUCCCUCGGUCGCCCUGUCAUGUCCUAUACCGACGCCUGGAUUGCCGUAGUGAAUGGCUGCAUAGCCCGUAUUUGUAGCUAGUUGCUUGUGAUUUAUAUUCUUAUGUCGGAUGAACAGGCUGCAAUUAUCUAUCGGCGAGUGGCUUCGCGAUCAUGAAGAAACAAUACUUGCCUUCUUUCGUACCUGGACGACGAAUUUUAGUUUCAUGUAUUUUCAUGUGUUUCUCGAUACACUUUCAAACAAACUCUUGUGGCUUUUUUUUUUCCCGAUGAAAUUGCAUUUCCUAGUAUUCUGCGAAUGAAAACGAUCUUCUUCGGGCGCCAUUCUAUCCUUCGCGAAAAGAAUCUCAGCUAGCUCUUCCAAUUUUGAACUGACGCGUACACUGACCAUAUAUGAAGAGCAUGAUGUAAUGGCUCAUAUACCAUGAUGGCUAAGCCAAUUAAAACGCUAGAAUAGAAUUCAAUGAUUCAGUUUUUAAAAAAAUAUAUUUAUAGACUAUAUAUACCUUAGUAUGUUUGUGCUGAUACUUAACCUUUUUUCAGGGCUGUCUUAUGACCGGAUGCCUUAAUGGAGGCUCUUGUUCUUUUAAUGAAGGGAAAGACAGUUUUUCCUGCUCUUGCAAGCUGCCAUGGAGUGGAGAAAAUUGCGAACGGGGUAGGUCUCGUAAAUAGUUCCGAGACGAUUUUAUACUAAAAGAAGUUCAGUCCAAAACUAAUAAUUUACCGUUGAAAGGAAAAUCGCAUUUGCCAUGUGCAUUGUGUUUCACAAAAAAUAUACACAAAAUUUUUAUCCAAGCCUAAACAAACCAUAGUUCCCGUGAAAGCCUAAAUGUUCACUUCAAACCAAAAAAAUUUAAGCCUUUGAAAACAAAAUCAAUAUUGAGUCUAUUGAACAAAAACUCAACACAGUUUAUACUCGUGGGUGGAAACAAAGUGGCCCUGACUUUUAUGAUUCAUAACUUUGCCUAAAAAAAACAAGGCAACAAUUCAAUUCGUAGAAUAACUUUGUGUAUCUUUGAUUCUGUUUCGCUGAAAACCAUUUGCUCAUUGCUCAAUGGCGUGCAUCCCAGAACAGUAGACGGAAUAGACACACCUUGUUUUCCUUGAUGAAAUCUUUUUACCCUGAGAAUCUUCUCCUCUAUGCAAUUGAAAUUCCUUGGAUUCCUCCAUCGCAGCAAAAAUCGAUUUUUUCAAGGUCGCUAAAUUAAUAAUAAUAAUAGUAAUAAUGAUAAUAAUAAUAAUUGUUAUUUUGUUGUAAAUUGCAUUGCUGUUAUUAAAUCUUGUAUGCACCUACCCAGUCAUACACAAGGCUAUGAAAAAAAAUCGAAACUUAAUAUUAACCAUUUCAAGGAAAUGGUCGUUGAGGAUAAUAGUCACAGUUAUUAUCAACGAAUAGUGUAUCUCCCCAGUCUACAAUGUAGUAUCCGUAGAAUACUUACCCAUCCUUUCAGCUUUUUAGAUGGUCAAAACCUGUUCGAUUGACAGUUAAAAAUUCUCAUGUGGAGUACCGGACUUAUUGAAUAAUUUUAAAAGCACUUGGCAAUGCAUUUUGUAAAAAUCUAAAAUAAUUGGGAACCGUCUUUCUGCAGUUGCGUCAUCAUGCAGCGAUUUAAAGAAGAGAGACCCUACAGCGGCAAGUGGAAACUACUACAUUGAUACAGAUGGCGAGGGAGAUCUGGUGCCAUUCUCAGUGUACUGUGACAUGACUUACAAGAAUGGAGUUGGCGUGACAGUCAUCAGUCACGACAGUGAGAACAGGACAUAUGUGCAUGGAUAUGAAGCUUCAGGCAGCUACUCACGGAACAUUCACUACUCUGGAGUUAGUGUUUCUCAGCUGGCCAGUCUCACCAGAGUCUCCUCAUGCUGUGAGCAGUUUAUAAAGUACGAGUGUUAUCAUUCAAAGCUGUUCAAAGGCGGAAUAGGUUGGUGGGUGUCACAUGAUUCUAUUAAGAUGGCGUACUGGGGCGGAGCAUCACCUGGCAGUGGUAAGUGCGCGUGCGGGAUGACCAACUCAUGUGCAGACUCCCGUUAUGGCUGUAACUGUGAUAAGAAUGACAAAGUAUUGCGUGAAGACAGCGGCCUCCUAACUGACAAGACAAAGCUUCCAGUAAAACAGCUCAGGUUUGGAGAUACCGGCCAUACCGGAUUUGGCGAAUAUGGCUACCACACUUUGGGAAAAUUAAAGUGUUAUGGUGUAGCAUAA